AUGUUGCAGCGCAUCAUCCUGAGACAGCGCCGAGCAGUGCAAUCUGCAUGGUCAAUAUCCCCUUCCACAUUUUCAUCACAAGCGCCGUUUAGGCAAGCGUCACCACUUCAACAGCUUUGCCUUAAGCAGGCCCCUUUCAGCGUUUCUCCGCUUCGCCUUUACUCGACGCAAAACGAGACCGCAAACAAGGAAGAGGCCAAGAAGGACAAUGGUGACGGCAAUGGAAAAGAAGCCGAGAGCCCCGAAGAUGCCUUCAAAAAAGAAUUGGAAGCGAAGAACAAGGAGGUGGUCGAUUUGAAAGACAAAUACCUACGCUCGGUUGCCGACUUCCGAAAUCUCCAAGAACGGACUAAGCGUGAUAUUGAUAGUGCUCGCAUAUUUGCCAUCCAGAGAUUUGCUGUCGACCUUCUCGAGUCCAUUGACAAUUUUGAUCGUGCUCUCUCUGUUGUCCCAGCUGACAAGCUCACUGCUGCUCAGGCCGAGGCCAACAAGGAUCUUCAAGAUCUUCAUCAAGGUCUCAAAAUGACUGAGAAUAUCUUGAUGGGCACACUGAAGAAGCAUGGAUUAGAACGCUUUGACCCUGCUGAGCUGGUUGAAGGCAAAACUCAAAAGUUCAACCCCAAGCUUCACGAGGCCACCUUCAUGGCCAAAGCCGCUGAUAAGGAGGACGGCGACAUCAUGUAUGUUCAAAGCAAGGGCUACAGCUUGAACGGGCGAGUGCUGCGCGCCGCCAAGGUUGGUGUUGUCAAGAACGAUUAG